CCUCCGAACCGGCGGUUCGAUUGAUUUUGUCGAUCUUAUUAGGUUAUCCCUUUGCUCUGGUGUACCGGAGGUUUUUAUUUCAUCAGUCUGCAACAGUUGUUCAUCUCUUCCACACAUUCUCUGGGCUGGCACUGGCCAUGUUUAAUUUUGGUGAGAGAGAAGGAUGCAGGGAAAGAGUGAAGAAGUGAAAGAUCUGAUAACUAGUGUCUUUACAGCUGUGACGUCUUUAAAUUAGACCUACUAGCUUUUUCUUAGCUAUAUGCUAUUGGUCAUGAUAACAUGAAAGUCAGUGGCUUGUCAGUGUAGUGGCUUUUGGUCCAUAUUUAGACUGGAGCAUUUCUACUGUAGUUCAGCUCCCCUAGUUUCUCUAAUCUUGAAAUUGCUUGGUUCACACACAUGCGAUUGUUUCUCAUCUCAUGACAAAAAUGAGAGCGUUCUCAGUAUUAAACAACAUCACAGCUGAGGGGUUUUGAUUUUCUCACCAGUCAUCUUCUCAAAUACAAUCUGUAAAUUUGUGCUCGAGUUCAAAACAUUUUCACUGAAUGGGAGUUUUAAAAGGGAAGAUUUACAAUACUUAUGUAAUAUCACAGUUCUAUUUCAGACGGGGGUUUUUUUUCUUAUUUGGUUGAUUCAGUCAAAAAUAUGAUCUUUGGCAGAUUUUUAUAAAUGUUCUUUCUCAGUUUCUUGAUUUGAAAGCACUUACUAUAAAAUUAGUAAAAUAUUACACUACUGUUUAAAAGUUUUAUUUUUAUUUUUUAUGUUUUUUGAAAGACGUCUCAUACUUAUCACAGUACAGUAAUGACACAAUAGUAUUGUGAAAUAUUAAAAUUCAGUUUAAAAUCAUUCCAAUAUGCUGUUUUGCUCCUAUUAUUAUUAUUAUUAUUAUUGUUGUUGAAAACAGUUGUGCUGCAUAUUUUUUUUUUUCUUUGAUGAAUAUGAAGUUCAAAAGAACAGCGUUUACUUGAAAUAGAAAUAUUUUUGUAGCAGUGUAAUUUUUUUUUACUGUUACCUUUGAUCAGUUCAAUGCAUCCUUGAUUAAUAAAAGUUUUUGUUCCUUUCAAAACAAAACAAACAGAAAGGGAAAAUAAAUACUGAUCCAAGACUUUUGAACAGUAGUGUAUAUUACUCAUAAAGUUAAUAAACGAAUAGUAUUAAGGGUUUUUAUUUUUAUUGUUUAUGGUAACAUGUUAGAUGUCCAAUGAAAGUGCUUUGGCUCCUGUCAGAUUUCCUCCUGGAGAAUGUUUCACUUGUUUGACACUGAAGGUAGAACUGUGCUCUGUAAAGUUAUUGAAUAUUUAGUGUCCUUGAGAAUAAUGGUGGAAAAUAAAGGGUAUCCUGUCUAACUGCUCUGCAGUCUGUGGUAAUGAUUUCCUGAUGACCAUGGCUUUGUUAUAAAGAAGACUGUGACAGAGUCAUGAGGUUUUGUUGCCAUGGCGUUAACCCCUGGUGGUGAGGCUGUAGUUAAUGGGAAUAUGAGUGGCAGGUUGAAUAACAAACUAAUGAAAACCGAUGGGUGUUGAGUUGGGAAAUGUGUAAACUAACUUGUUUAUUUGAUUUCUUUGUGCUGCAUGCGGAUCUAACAGCAGGGUCUCAGGUCUGUCACUCCCUCUUAUGCGUAGUCAUUCAGUUCUUGUUGCUGAGGCUGAUGGGAAGGACAGUCACAUGCGUUUUGAGUAGCUUUAUCUUUCAGAUGAUGUAUCUGUUGAUGGGUUAUUACUACACAGCUACAGAGGAGUAUGAUAUCAAAUGGACCAUGCCUCAUUGUGUCCUAACGCUCAAACUCAUCGGUUUAGCACUCGAUUACUACGACGGUGGAAAAGAAGAAUCUCAGAUGAGUGCAGAACAGAAGAAAUCUGCCCUCAGCUCUACGCCAUCUAUUUUGGAGGUCUUUGGUUUCUCAUAUUUCUAUGGAGGCUUCCUGGUAGGGCCUCAGUUCACACUGCUAAGUUACCAGAAGCUGGUGUCUCGAGAGAUGUCCGAUGUCCCUGGACAACCACCCAGUAGUGUGGUUCCUGCACUGAAGCGAUUUGGUUUAGGUCUGAUCACCCUAUCAAUCUUCACGAUAGGUGGGGUGCACUACACAGAUAACUACUUCUUAACAGAUGAGUUUGAGGCACAUCCAUUCUGGUAUAAGUGUGUGUACAUCUUAGUGUGGGUGAAAAUAAACCUGUAUAAGUACAUCAGCUGCUGGCUAAUCACGGAAGGUGUGUGUGUACUCUCUGGGCUGGGCUACAAUGGGAAGAACGAAAAAGGGGAGCACCAAUGGGAUGCCUGCGCAAAUGUGAGGGUGUGGCUAUUUGAGACCACACCCCUCUUCACAGGCACCAUCAAUUCCUUCAACAUCAACACAAAUGCUUGGGUGGCCAGGCAUGUCUUUAAGAGGUUGAAGUUUUUGGGUAACAAGCUGUUAUCUCAAAUGUUCACAUUGUUUUUCCUGGCGAUCUGGCACGGCUUGCACUCGGGGUACCUCAUCUGCUUCUCCAUGGAGUUCAUCAUUGUCAAUGUGGAGAAGCAGGCCCAGUCACUGGUGCGGGACAGUCCUUUGCUGGCAUCUAUCGCUCAGAGUCAUCUGUAUCCAAUUGUUUAUGUAGUACAGCAGUUAAUUCACUGGCUGUUUAUGGGAUACCCUCUGAUCCCAUUCUGCCUCUUCACUUACGACAAGUGGCUCAAGGUUUACUCCUCUAUAUAUUUCUGUGGACACAUAUUUUUCUUCAUUGCCUUUCUUGUCCUGCCAUACCUCCGCAAGGUGUUCGUGCCUCGAAAAAGAGGCAAUGAGAAGAAGGAGGAUUAAUUAAAAUGGUUUGUUUGCAGCUGUCUAAGUUUGACUGAAGUGAACUGUGACUUUUAAAGAGCACCUGAAGAGGACAAAUUUUAAGGCCUUUAGUAAUAUAUUACUAUUUACAUACAGCACUGAUGGAUGUGUACAAAUAUUAGUCCGAUGGAAGGAUUUUCUCAUUCUUUGGGAGUUGUGGUGGACUAUAAUGAAGGUUGAAAGCUACAGAAACACAAGCUUUUCUAUGGUUCAUUGUUUGUUAAAUAAGAUUUACUGAUGUUUGGUGGCUCGAAAUAGUUAUACUGUAUCUCAUACCAUUGCACUCAUUACUCAGUAAUGAUCUCAUUUCCUGUUUCCGGUCUCGUCAGAGAACUGGCAUUUUGCUGAUGGAAACAAAUGAGAUGUAUUGUUUUCCUUUGCUAGGAAUAUCUCAACCUCACUUUCCCUUAAAAAGACAUUGAAAUGUGAAACAAACAAAAGAGUGAAUGGUGACACAGCAUCGCCUGGCAUUGUAAAAAUGAAUGUUUUUCAUUUUUAUAAAUUUUUUUUUUUUUUUUUUGAUCAGACAACUUUAGAUGGGGAUUAUUCUUUUUUUUGGGAAUGGGUUUUAUGGUAACUACUUUUUUUUUUUUUUUUUUAAAUAGCUUUUUUGACACUUUAAUAAAAGGAUCAUCAUUCUGUCAUCUCAUACUCUCACUCCAUUUAACACAGUCUGUCUAUCCAUCUGACACUUUCCUGUUCACAGCAUUUUCUCCAGAAAAUAUUUUUUGUCCAGUGUGUGAGCACCAUCAAAACAGAAACCAGAGUAACAUUAACACUACUAACCAGAAUCAUGAAUAUGAUGGUAAAUUUGUGUCAGUAUUAUUAAGAGCAGAGUAUUUAAAUUAUAACAAGUAGUUUAGUGAGCAGUCAACUCAGCUGUGCACACUAAUGGCUAAAAACUGCUGUGUUAUGCUGUGUAAAAUCUUUAAAAAGUUUCAGUGUGUAUUUUUCAUUACAUAUCAGGAUUGUUUUUUCUUUGCGAUCUGCUCUCAGUAACUCUUACGCAUAUUUGCCUUCAUAUCUGUUUUGUAUGUCAUGACAUAUUGAAGAUCCUUGGCACAAAUACAGGCCUCCAUCACUCUUCAGUGAGGGCUAAAACCUGCACCCAGAUUCAAUCCAAGGGAGCAGAGGCUCACUGUAGCAUCAGAGUUGAGUUGUUUUAUAAUAUUUAUACAUGUGGUUGCAAAUAUUAUUGAUGUAAAAAUUGUUUUUGGGAACAACUACUUCUGCCUUACUGCUACCAAAUGUACAAAAAAAAAAAAAGUGAGCGAGAGAGAAAAAAAUAACUUUUAAAUAAAGCCGUUUUUGUAAUAUUCAUUAAAAAUGCUGGAUUUUAACAAAG